AUGCCAGCCUCGUAUCGUCGCAUCGACACUACAGACCCUCGUCGGUUCGAUCGAGUAGUGCCUUUCACCUUGCCGGGCAAAUGGGCAGACGACUCUCCAGAUCUGUAUGAGAUGCUACUCAGCAGCUCCACUGUGGCCUCCGGAGCUGCAAUGCUGACCAGACAGAUCCCGGUCGCGUUCGUUGGAUUGGUGCUCAGCGCUGCGCAUGUUGCUCAUUACAAGCCCCUGCAAAAGAGGAGAGAGGGCUCGCAGCAAGCUGGACCUUACAUGGGACUCGGUUUUGCUCUCAUCGCCCUGAUAGUGCUCAUUUUUCAAAAGGUGAGCUGA